UCUCGCUGCUGGCGAGCCGUCCGUUCGAGCGGUUAGUCGCGGACACAUCCCGAGAGCGGGCCCACGCGCGCGGAUCCCCUCGGCGCUACGAUGCGUUCCUCCUAAGAUCGUCACACGUCUCAAAACAAUCGCCGAUAACGUAAACAUUGUAACACAAUGGACUGUGAGUGAUAUUCGUAAAUACGCACCACCGAAUCGAGAGUGAUUUGCAAGUUUUAAAUCAGAAACUAUUACAAAACCGCGCAGAGACAUACUUUCGGAGCGUCGCGCACGCGCAGCAUGGAGGCGGUGUGCGCGCGCGGCGACCCGGGCUGCGAAGCGCACGCGCUGUCCGCGGCGCUGCACGCGCUGCACCUGUACUGCGCCACCAUCUCCGCAGCGCUCAUCUGCUGCUGCGCGCCUGGACACCACUCCUGGUAUGGAAAACGCUGGCGGGGUCAAAACAUCCGCGGAGCCGCAACCCUCACAGUAGGAGCGGCCUGGUGCUGCGGCGCUGCGGUGGGGUCUUUGCGGCCCGCGGCCACCGUGGCGCUGGUCUCCCUGACCCUGGCGCCGCUGGCCUGGCUGGCCGCCACCGCGCUGCACGUCGCUCUCUGGACCCGGCGCUCCGCAGCUCCUCUCUUAUACCUGGCCAUUUACUGGCUACUGGCUGCCGCCUCCUCCGCUGGGAUCCUGUACCAAAACCUAGCGACAACAGCUUCUCCAAACCACAUAGAACUCUACAUCCAAGGGAUUUCCUUGGUUCUCUCGCUGGUCACAGCAGGAGUAGACAGCGUCUGCUUUUACGAUGAGGUUACAAAACGACACCGAGAUCGUCCAAAGUCUUCAAUAGAAAGCCAUAAUGUUUCAUAUAAACACAAUAACACUCAUUUCUUUUCGAAGAUAACGUUUUUCUGGCUGAAUUAUUUAUUGUGGAGCGGCUAUGAGUCACCGCUUGAGGAAGACGAUUUGGGCGAGCUGCCCGAAGAUGAAAGAUCUACGAUUUACUAUCAUAAGUUUAAAACAAUAUACAAUCUCGAUAGGAAGGUGACAAAACCCGAUGAAAGAAAUCCAAGUAUAUGGCGAUGUUAUAUGCGAACAGUUUGGCCUAAUUUCUAUAUCGCCGGACUUAUGAAAUUGCUUAGCGAUUUGAUAAGCGUGGUACCACCACUUGGCCUAGCUGUUAUUAUUCAGUAUAUUGAAGGACCUCUUGAAACUUACGAUGGCAGUUCUGAAGUCACGCUCCAGGAGUUUUUCAGCAACGGUUAUGUAAUGUUGCUUGUCGUGACUCUGGCACUUGUGUUUCAAGCACUUCUCUCGCAAAACUCGACCCAUCUGGUGACAGUGGAGGGCACUCGAUUGAAGACUGGUUUACAGGGAAUGUUGUUCGACAAGUGUAUGCGCUUAGCGCCGUGGUCAUCUAACGAUAACAACGGAGACGAGGAGUCGCCUCUGUUGCACGCACCCGAAGACUCUUCAGCUACACCUUCAGGAGUUCUCACAAACCUCAUGUCACAGGACACUUAUAACAUCAUGUCGUGCGUUUGGAUCUGCCACUAUCUGUGGGCCAUACCUUUAAAGGUAGCCGUUAUUUUGUAUUUAUUAUACACAAAAUUAGGAGUUAGCGCAAUUAUCGGCACGGCAGUUAGUGUCCUAUUCAUAACUCCUUUACAAUUUUAUAUCGGGAAAAAGAUAUCGGAUAAUUCCAAGGAUAUCUCAAAAUGUACAGAUCACAGAAUAUCUAAAAUAACUGAAAUAUUGCAAGGCAUGAACGUUAUAAAGCUUUACGUUUGGGAAGACCUGUUUAAGGAAAAAAUACUAAAUCUGAGAGAAGUAGAGUUAAAACUCUUGAACAAAGAUUCAAUUUACUGGAGUUUUUUGACAUUCACUACACAAGUUUCGACAGUACUGGUAACAGUGAUAACUUUCUUAGCAUAUUACUUCUUGAACGACAGUAAAGGGCUGACAGCAGUCAAUGUAUUUGCUGGGCUCGCUUUGUUCAACCAGCUCACUGUCCCGCUGCUGAUACUUCCUGUGACAGUGCUGAUGAUGAUACAAGCUAUGGUCAGCACGAAUAGAAUUAAAGAUUUUCUGGAACUACCAGAGUCAAAUAACGUGAGAGAAGAUUGCCUCUCUGAAAACUCAAGAAAACCUUCAGACAUUUUCAACGACGCUUUUGUUGACAACGUGCCAGACGACAACUCUAUGGUGGAAGAUGGGGUAAAAGAUGUUGUGGACGCAGAAGAUCAAUUUUCUGACGAUGAAAAUUGUGGAAUCUCUUCGAAUCAAGAAUACGUUGUUAGGUUUAGAAAUGCCGCUUUUUCUUGGGGAAUGAAGAAUGACAUGCUAUUAGAAGUUGACGAUUUGGAUAUUCCAGCAGGAAAACUAAUAAUGGUGGUUGGAACCAGUGGUGCAGGCAAGAGCUCGUUGCUGUCGGCAAUGCUCGGCGAGAUGUUCUUGGAGCGCGGUGACGUCACUUACAACGGGCGAUGCACGACAUGGUACGCAGGCCAGCCUCCAUGGUUGGUGGAGGGCUCGGUGCGCGACAACAUUGUGAUGGGCAGCCCCUGGUGCCAGCGGCGCUAUGGCCGCGUGCUGCGAGCCGCUGCUCUACGGCCAGAUUUGCAGCUGUUACCAGAGGGUGACGCCACCCGCCUCGGCAGCCACGGCGCGCCGCUAUCCGGCGGGCAGCGCGUGCGCGUGUGCAUCGCGCGCGCACUGUAUUCCGGCGCGCGGCUUCUAGCGCUGGACGAGCCGCUGGCAGCGCUGGAUGCGCCGCUAGCGAGACACGUCGUGGCCCGGGCCCUUGUACCGGCAGCCAGGGCCGGCCGGACGGUGGUUGUGGCCACUAAUCGAUUGGAGCUGCUGCAUUAUGCGGAUUUGGUGAUCGCAAUGGAGGAAGGCCGUGUAAGCGGCGUGGGCCGCGCGGGCGCCGGUGUUUGCCCGGGCGGCGCGGGCGCAGCGGGCGCGGUGUCCCGCUGGGCGCGGCUGGCGGCGGAGGCGCGAGCAGCCGCGGCCCGAGCGGGCGCGGGACCGCCAGGUGGCGCCGCCCGGGAACGCACCAGGCUCAUGCGGGAGCUCACCAGAGCCAGGUUCCAGAGGUGCAACUCUGAUGAUACUAUGGUGGGUAUCUGCGAGGCGGCGGGCGCGCACCUGCUGGCCGAGGUGCCGACGCGCGCGGGCGGCAGCUGGCGGCGCGCGGCGCGCCAGCGGCCCGCCCUGGAGCGGCAGCUCUCCUCGCCGCCGCCCUCCGUGCACAACUACAAGUGGCGCCGUGAAGUGCGGCGCGCCGUAAGCGCCGAUGCAUCGAAUGCAGCGCUGCAGAGGGAAGCCAGCCUGCUGCGGCGACUGCUACGACCCCGCCCACACCGGACUUUAGCCAGAUGGACGCCUCGAACUUUACGGCGACUAUUAAGUUCGGAUUCCGAAACGACUACCGAAGAGAAUAUACCUAACGGAGUAGUCGAUGAAUCAGCCUUGGAGACAGCGUACACAUCUCUUACAUCCAAUGGAACAGAAACGAGUACGGUUGUCAUCCAAGAAGAGACACCAAACAAACCCGAAUCCGAUGAACCUGCAACAGAAGGCGGCGCUACGUGCGAGUACGCGCGCGCAUGCGGCUGGUGGGGCCGCGCGUACUGGGCGGCGGCCGCGGCGGCGCAGGCGCUGGCGCUGCUGGCCGACUACUGGCUCACGCGCGCCACUGCUAAGAACGCGCAAGCGCCCCUCACUGAUGAAGAGAUGUGGUGGAGCGUGCGCUCUUACGCCGGCUGGUGCUUAUGCGUGGUGGUCUGCGGCGGGCUAGCGCAGUGCGCGGGCGGCGCGGCGGGCGCGCGGGCACGACGCGCGUUGCACGAGCGACUGCUGCACGCGGCAUUGCACGCGCCACUGCACCACCACCGCUCCGCCGCGCCCGCUGCGCUCCUGCACCGCUUCUCGGCUGAUGUGCAGGUCAUAGAUAGGAAAUUACCCAUAGCAGUCAGCCGCUGGGGGCAGCUAGCCCUGCUGUGCGUCGCGGCGCUGCUCGUGAACGCGAUCGCGUCCCCGUGGAGCCUGCUGGCGCUGCUGCCAGCCGUGGCUCUGUACUUCACGCUGCAGUCCGUCUACCUCUCCAACGCUAGGGAACUGCAGCGCACCGAGGCGCUGAGCGCGGCGUCGGUGGUGGCGCUGGCGGCGGAGACGAGCGCGGGCGGCGGCGCGGUGCGCGCGGGCCGCCUGCAGCCACACAUGCGCGCCGCCCUGCUCGCGCGCCUCGACGUCAACAACAACGCGCUGCUGCUGCUCAACGCCGCCAACCGCUGGCUGGGGCUCACGCUGGACUUGGUAGGCGCCGCCACAGUAUGCGUUUCAAUCGGCGUGGCGUUACACGGCGGCGGCGGCGGCGCGGUGGCGGGGCUGGCGGGCGCGUACUCGCUACUGCUACCGGCGUACUUGGCGCACCUGGCCAAGUGCCGCGCCGACCUCGACCUGCAGCUGGCCGCCGUAGAAAGAGUACGAGCGGACACCAACGUGCCGCAGGAGGAUUAUAGAGAAGACUGUGCAAUACCGUCUGGGUGGCAGAGAAAUGGAAAAAUGGACUUCGAAAACGUAAACAUUCAACAUGAUCCAGAUUCACAACCAAUCCUGAACAACAUAAACAUCUCUAUCGCGCCAGGAGAAAAGGUUGCAGUGUGUGGUCGAAGCGGCAGCGGCAAGUCUACGCUGGUUCUAACCUGCGCUGGCGCCACAACUAUCCGAAGCGGGCGCUUGCUCAUCGACGGCGCCGACGCCACGCAGGUCCCACUACGGGCACUAAGACACCGGGUGGUGGUCCUGCCACAGGAGGCCAUGAUGUUCUCUGGCACUCUUCGGGAGAACUUGGAUCCGCUAGGAGUGCAUACAGAUGAAGAGAUCUGGCAGAGCCUGAGAGCUGUUGGUUUACAAGACUUCGUCACCGCUCAGCCCGCUGGAUUAGAGUGCGGCGUGGGCCGCGGCGGGUGCUCUUGGAGCGGCGGACGCGCGGCGCGAGCGUGCGCUGCACGGGCGGCGCUACACGCGCGGCUGGCGGGCGCGCUCGUGCUGGACGAGCCGGCGGCAGCGCUGGACGCGCCGGCCGAGCGCGCGCUGCUGGCAGCACUGGCUGCGGCCGCGCCCAACACCACCAUCAUUACCGUAGCUCACCGCAUCUCGUCCGUCCGCGGCUACGACCGCGCCGUGGUGCUGGACGAGGGCCGCGUGGUGGAGCAGGGCGCGGUGGGCGCGUUGCUCGCGCAGCCCGCCUCGCGUCUCGCGCGAAUGCUCGCCGCGCACCGCACGCCUUGACAUCUAAUGUACCCGCCGCAUCGCACGCCCUGACCUCUGCUGUACCCCCCAUCCCCUCGGCCCGCCCGUCAUCGGCCUUUAGACUCCCCGCAGAAUACACUUUUAAGCUAAGCGUCCACUUGUCGGUAUGUCGGAAACACAUCGUAUCGGAUGUGCGAUGCGUACGAU